UGCGAAUUUGAGAGAGAGAGAGAGAGAGAGAGAGAGAGAAAGAAGAAGAGGAGCGAUGUCGGGUAUGGGAGACGGGUACGUCGGCACGGCCCAAGACGCCGUGAGGAUCCGACGGUUGGAGAAGCAAAGAGAAGCCGAGCGCCAGAAAAUCCAAGAGCUCAAACACAAGUCCGCCUCCGAUAAAGGCCAGCCCGGCCUCCUCCAAUUCGGCUCCAGCACUUCUGAGAUUCUUGAGACGGCGUUCAAGAAAGAGACCGUCGGUUUGGUCACGAGGGAGCAAUACGUCGAGAAGAGAGUGAAUAUUCGGAACAAACUCGAGGAGGAGGAGAAGGAGAAGCUCCAGAAGCUUCAACAAGAAGAGGAGGAGCUUCAGCUACAGAAGAGGAAGAAGAGGAAGGUUAAGGGGUUGAAUCGGUUGUCGUUUGCGGAUGACAUUGAGGAUGGCAGUGAGGAUGAAGAUGGUGAAAAGAACAGUACAGAGAAUAAAAAAUUAUGGUCUGGUAGAUUUGGCAAAGAUCCUACUGUGGAAACUAGCUUCCUGCCCGAUAGUGAGCGGGAGGCGGAGGAACAAGCUGAGCGUGAAAGGUUGAGAAAACAGUGGUUUCUGGAGCAGGAGAAGAUACGAAAUGAGCCGCUUCAAAUUACGUACAGUUACUGGGAUGGAGCAGGGCAUAGGCGGACGAUCCAGGUACGAAAGGGGGAUAAAAUAGGAGAGUUUCUUCGCUCUGUUCAGCAGCAACUUGCUCCUGAGUUUCGAGAAGUUCGAACUACAUCAGUGGAGAAUUUGCUAUAUGUAAAAGAAGAUCUUAUCAUUCCACAUCAGCAUAGUUUUUAUGAGCUAAUUGUAAACAAGGCAAGGGGCAAAAGUGGACCGCUUUUUCAUUUUGAUGUGCAUGAGGAUGUGCGAACAAUUGCUGAUGCUACGAUAGAGAAGGAUGAGUCUCAUGCUGGGAAGGUUGUUGAGAGGCAUUGGUAUGACAAGAAUAAGCAUAUCUUCCCUGCUUCUAGAUGGGAGAUAUAUGAUCCGACGAAGAAAUGGGAGCGUUACACUAUCCAUGGAGACUGAUUUCAUAGUGACAGCAUUGUAUUCAAUGGAUUGCACAACUCAUUGGUUGUUGAACUCAACUUUUGUAUACAUUAGACCAUCAACUUGUGAUAGUAGCUCAGUAACUGCAUUCUGUUAAUUUUUAACCUGCUGAUCGAAUGCAAAAGAAUGUGCUUUUUCUACAGCUG